CAGCAUCGUGCCAGGCUCAUAUCGUCGUUUCGGAUGUCAGAAAUGCCGGAACUGCUCUCUCUCCCUGCUGAGAUUCUGCAGAACAUCUUCGCCCAAGCAGACCAAGAAACAUGCAGGUCGCUGCGCCUCGUGAAUCGCCUCCUUGGUGAGAUCGGGCAACACAAUGUUUUCGAAACCCUGGUCAUUCAACUCACACAGGAUUACUACGGCUAUGACCUGGAAAAGAUCGUAAAACGACCAGACAUUGCUGCUCUCGUUACUAAGAUAUAUGUGAAUACCUAUGAUCCCAACGAACCACAACUGUGGAUGGGUAAAGAUGAGACAAGUGAAUCUUUGGGGGUUCUACUUGGGCUACUGAGUCGACUGCCUCGUCUACAGAGUGUAGUCCUGCGCUUCCAUCCUGAGUGCCCUGAAGACGAUUCUUGGGGCGAGCACCCGCAGGGAGAAGACUUUCGGCAGGCUGUUAUGCAGGAAGCACUGAGUACUUUCGCUGCCAUGCCUCAGCUAAAAGAGCUCGGGUUGCGUGAUCUGUGGAAUGUUCACGAUGAAGAACCCAAGGUUGUCGCAGAUCGGAACACGGUUUUAUCGAGACUCGAGUCUCUCCGACUUAACGUGAUCAAUGUCAAUCAAGGCAUGCAGGGGAGCUCUGAUUACCACAGAGAAGCUCCCCAGAAAUUCUGGCCCGCCCUCCCUUCCAUCUGGCUGAAACCCGCUUUGUCAAACCUCCAACACCUAACUCUCUACUCAACAAUGUACACCGGCUUCUUUCCUAAAUGUGACCUGGCCGAUCUGCACUUCCCCAAACUUAGAUCCCUCGCACUGGGAAACCACGUCUUCGCACACGACUCACAACUGAGCUGGAUCCUCUCACACAGCUCAACCCUAAGCGAGCUCUAUCUCGACGACUGCACUAUCCUCUUCCAAGCUGCCGUAUUCGCCGAGAAACUCGACCUCUAUGAAACGCGUCAACAUACCAUCCUCCCUCCCAGCAGCUUCGCCCCGCAUCCGAAACUACCAGAGCAUAGUCUCUAUGCUGCCUAUAGUACGCGGUGGGCGGACUAUUUCCGGGCCUUCAAGGAGGAGUUGCCGCACCUGCGGAAAUUCAGGUUCGGGCAUUCGCCAGACUGGUGGGAGGAUGACUCAAUGCCCUUUGAGAAUGAGGAGAGUAUAGAGAUUGGAUUUGGUUCUGAGAGCUAUCUGGUGUUUUGUGAUGGAUAUUUGCCGAGUGAAUAUAUGGAGAGGAUGAUCUGGGAUAAUCCCGAUGAGAAGGGGGAGGCGUUGGAGCCUAGCAAGGAGGAUAGGGUUGCGUUGGAGGAGCUCUGUAGGAAAGUCGGCGUCAUGGUUACUUUGGAGGAUUAGACUUGGAGGUGAUCUAUACAAUGGGAUAGCGCACAUACAUAGGACAACUAACGUGGUG